AUGGCUAUAGGAAGGAACAACACAAUUGUGACAAAAUUCAUCCUCCUGGGAUUUUCAGAUCAUCCACAAAUGAAGAUUUUCCUUUUUGUGUCAUUUCUGGGGAUUUACCUCCUGACCCUAGCCUGGAACCUGAGCCUCAUCACCCUCAUCAGGAUGGACUCCCACCUCCACACACCCAUGUACUUCUUCCUCAGUAACCUGUCCUUCCUAGACAUCUGCUAUGUGACCUCCACAGCCCCCAAAAUGCUCUCGGACAUCCUCACAGAGCAGAGAACCAUCUCCUUUGUUGGCUGUGCCACGCAGUACUUUGUGUUCUGUGGAAUGGGGCUGACUGAAUGCUUUCUUUUGGCAGCCAUGGCGUAUGACCGGUACAUAGCCAUCUGCAACCCCUUGCUCUACACAGCCCUCAUAUCCCAUGCGCUUUGUGUGAAGAUGGUGGCUGGGGCCUAUGUGGGGGGAUUCCUCAGUUCUUUGAUUGAAACAUACUCUGUCUAUCAGCAUGACUUCUGUGGGCCCAACACCAUCAACCACUUCUUCUGUGACCUUCCUCCGGUUCUGGUUCUGUCGUGCUCUGAUACCUUCACCAGCCAGGUGGUGAACUUCACGGUGGGCGUUGCUGUUGGGGUGGUCUCUGUUUUUGUGAUCCUCAUGUCUUACGGUUACAUUGUGGCUGCUGUCCUGAAGGGCUCAGCUAAAAGCAGGACCAAGGCCUUCAGCACCUGUACCUCUCACCUGACUGCUGUGACCCUCUUCUACGGUUCCGGUUUCUUCAUGUACAUGCGACCGAGUUCCAUCUACUCCCUAAACCAGGACAAGGUGGUGUCCAUAUUCUAUGCUUUUGUGAUCCCUAUGGUAAAUCCCAUCAUCUAUAGUUUUAGGAAUAAGGAGAUUAAAAAUGCCCUGAGAAAAGUUGUGGAAAGGGAUCAUGCGCUUUUCUCACAGGCAUUCUGA